GUUUCAGAAUUUGCAAUGGUCGCCUGGGAUAUUUUGUACUUUCUUUUGUUAAUUUCAACAGACUUGACUCACGAGACCGUUGCGCAAGCGCCAGAAUUUUGUGCAAAGACAAAUGGAUAUGACUUAGAUGAUGAAAACUGCUCUAGGCACACCGAAUUCACGAGCAAGAGGUACAUAUUGUACGAUGUGAAUCCCCCCGAAGGAUUCAACCUCAGGCGUGACGUCUACCUCCGAACAUCGAUCUUUGUUAGAAACUUGUCACAGAAAAGUAAAAAGCGCUAUCAGUGGCACCUUGUCCUGCCACCGUGGGGGAAUUUGUACCAUUGGAGAAGCACGGACAUUGGUCCCCAGAAGCAGAUACCAUGGAGUACGUUCUUCGACUUGAAGAGUUUGCAGAAAUAUGUACCAGUGAUAGAGAUGCACGAAUUCAUCAAAGAAUACUCACCGGACAGCAAAACCUUGGCGAUAGAUCGUGUCUACAUUUUACAAAAUGAUGAAAAAAUGUUUGAGACUGGUAACUUUGAUGAUAAAAAUCAGCUCAUCAACUGUACCCCUGAUGCGUUGAGAAAGUACCAAGCCUCUAGCUCUGGCAACUACGGCUCAAAGUUUUGGGGCUACUCAAAUAUCACUGCUAACGAAGUAAAGUGCCUAGUUUAUCAUGGCACUAUGUCUGGUCUUGAGGAAAAUCUCUAUCCUGAUAUUUACAGCUCUGUGAUGUUCGACCACAUGGAGAUUCCCCUUCAUGAUUCUUACGGUACAAAAGAAUACUGGGCAGCAAGACGCAGCAUGAGAUAUAAUUCCGCUCUCUAUGAGAUCGCUGAUGAUUUCAGGCAGAGAUAUUUAAAUUCAAAUGACACUAAGGACAAGACAGAUCUGCCUGCGGACUGGACCAAGGAGAAAAGCAAAAGAAAUGCGUUGGGAGGACCAUAUCUAUGCGUGCACCUUAGAAGACGCGAUUUUUUAACAGGCCGCGCAGGUUCUGUACCGACAAUAAAGAAUGCAGCAUCUCAGUUGAGUAGCAAAAUGGAGGAACUAAAUUUACAGUCGAUUUUUGUAGCCACAGAUGCAGAGAAUAACGAAUACAAUGAGCUUAAAUCACUGCUGCAUAUGUAUACAGUAACAAGAUACACACCAUCAGAUACUGUUAAAAAGUUGUAUAAAGAUGGGGGUGUUGCUAUUAUAGAUCAAAUAAUUUGUUCAAAGGCGAGGUACUUCAUAGGAACGCAUGAAUCGACAUUCACUUUCCGAAUCCAAGAAGAUAGAGAAAUAAUAGGUUUUCCAUCGAACAUGACGUUCAAUCAAUUGUGCGGAGGUGAGAGAUGCAAAUCUAGAAGUUCAUGGAAAAUUGUAUGGUGAUGAGUAACGAUGGCGAAAAUCGAAAAUUCGGAUUAAACACAAUACGCAAAAAUGUAUCCAAGGAAAGAUGCAGUAAAAAAUAAUAUUCGGAAACAAAAAUUGUCCUACC